UGGAGAGUUUGCAGACUGUGGUGUGACCUGCAAGCCUCACUUUACAGAAAAGAUGGUGGGCUGUGACCUGCUGUGGCUGGCUGUGGCCUCCUGCAUUCUGAUGCUGGCCUCUUCAUCUACAACAACACAGCAAGAUUAUGGAGGCCCCAGGAACAGUGGCUCUGAUGGGCUGGACUGUGGAGCGUCUGGCUCCUGCUUUGACCCUUGUCAGAAUUACAUCACCCUGGAUGACCCGUCCAGAAGCGCAGAGUACACGGAGGUCUCAGAUGAGUGUGAUGACAAUCUGCGGGGCUGGUACCGCUUUGUGGGUGAAGGAGGAGUGAGGAUGCCAGAGACCUGUGUGGAAGUAUUCCGGUGCCAUACCUCUGCUCCCAUGUGGCUGAAUGGAGCUCACCCCAACCUGGAAGAUGGCAUUGUCAGCCACACAGCCUGUGCCAACUGGAAUGAAAAUUGCUGCUUCUGGAGUUCUGAGGUCAAGGUGAAGGCCUGCUCAGAAGAAUUAGGAAUCUUUCAUGUGUACAAGUUCCAAGGCACCCCUGAAUGCAGUCUGAGAUACUGCACAGAACCUGAAGAACUCACCCCCGAAACAACCACUGGGCCCACCCCCACCCCCGAAAUCACCACUAAACCCACCACUGAACCCACCUCUACACUCACCCCUACACCCACCCCUAAAACCACCCCUGGACCCACCUUUGAACCCACCGAGUGUGAUAUCACUUGCCGUCCUGAGGAGAAAUGUGUUCUACUCCAAGAUGGCUCCUGGACCUGUGUCUGUAAUCCGGACCUCAGUGUUUCUGAUCCUCAGAGUUUGCAGCCUGAGUUGGACUGUGGACCUACUGAGAUCAAGGUGAAGCUGGACAAGUGCUUGCUGGGAGGUCUGGGUUUCAAGGAGGAGAUCAUUACCUUCCUGAAUGACCGGAACUGCAGUGGAAUCAUGCAGAAUGAGCCCAACAACUGGGUGUCCACCACCAGCCCCGUUGGAGCUAAUGCCUGUGGGAACAUUCUGGAAAACAAUGGGACCCAUGCCAUCUACAGAAACAACCUCUCCUUGGCCACUGAUUUCAUCAUCAGGGACUUCAUCGUCAAUGUCAACUUCCAGUGUGCCUACCCACUGGACAUGAAGAUCAGCCUCCAAACUGCACUUCGGCCCGUUGUAAGUUCCCUGAAUAUUGAUGUGGGCGGGGCAGGAGAGUUCACUGUCAGGAUGGCCCUCUUCAGAGACCAGAGCUACACACAACCUUAUGAAGAGGCCCAAGUGGAGCUUCAGGUGGAGUCUAUGCUCUAUGUGGGUGCCAUCUUGGAUAGAGGAGAUGACUCCAGGUUCAAGCUGUUGCUGAGGAACUGCUAUGCCACACCCACAAAAGAUAAGAAUGACCCCGUGAAGUACUUCAUCAUCAGAGACAGCUGCCCAAAUCAACAAGAUUCCACCAUCAACGUGGAGGAGAAUGGGGUGUCCUCAGAAAGCCGGUUCUCAGUACAGAUGUUCAUGUUUGCUGGAAAUUACGACCUAGUUUUCCUGCAUUGUGAGGUGAACCUAUGUGACUCCACUAACGAAGAGUGUAAACCAUCUUGCUCUAGAAGUCAGUUCCGCAGCAGUGGACCAGGCAUCAACUUGGCCCAGGUUCUAGAUUUAGGACCCAUCAGUAGGAAAGGUUCUCAGACUCUCGAGACCUCAAGUGGGACUUCCAGCACUGCAGGGUUCCUGAUGGCCUGGCCCAUGCUCUUCCUGCCUGUCUUCCUGCCUUGGCUGUUCUGAGAGGCCAGCUGGGCAUCUGACUGAGAAGCUCACGUUCUUCCC